AUGGGAGAUGAGUUCAUUGAAACGUUUAUUCUAAUGUUUGCCGGAACAGCGGUGGCAAUAGCAAACAAAAUAACAAAUAGAUCAGAGAUUUUGAUUGGUUGUGCUGUCGUCGUCACCGGCCUUGCUGUUAUGGUGAUCAACCCUGCUGUCACCAUUUCCUUUCCUACUCUGAAGCACUUCCCAUGGAAGAAUGUAAGAACUCAUGAUAUAUAUAUGGCAUGCAUGGAGGUGCCAAUGUAUAUUGGAGCACAGAUAUUGGCAUCAGUGUGUGCCGCAUUUGCACUGAAGGAAGUGUAUCAUCUAUUCAUGGGGGGUGGAGUGACGGUUCCUUCAGAAGGAUAUGGCCAAGCUUUUGUUUUAGAAUUUAUCAUCAGCUUCAAUCUCAUGUUUGUUGUCACUGCUUUCGCCACACCGACACUAAAAUUCUCUAAUGUCGAUGGCGAAAGUAGCGACAACAAACAUGAUAUUAAAGUUGAUGAUGAAUUGUAA